AUGUCAAAACCUAAACCUGGAUUAGGUAAAGGAUUGGUUCGUACAUUCGCUGUAUCACAAUAUCCACCUUCAACAAGUGUCAUUACAUUGGCACCUGUAAUAGGACAAUAUGGAUAUGGUCAUAGUCAUGGUCAUGGACAUUCAUACUCUUCUGCAUCGUCAACUAAGAACACCACGGUAACAGGGGUGAAGGAUAAUAAUGGGUGGCCAAAUACUACAACAUCAUCAUCAUCAUCGUCGUCGUCGUCGUCAACAUCAUCAUACCUUUCUUUAUUACCUACAUGGGAUCAAUCUGAUAUAGUAUUACCUUAUAUACCUUCAUCAAGAAUACGAUUAAAAUCUUCUUCUUCUCCUCCAUCAUCGUCUUCUUCUUCUUCUUCUUCUUCUUCUUCUUCUUCUUCUCCUGCUAGUGCACAAUCUCGUUCAAGAAGGUAUUCUUCAAUAUCUAUCUCACCUUCAGCAUUUCUAACUCCUCCAAUACCGCCUUCGUUAUUUUUCGAGAAAUCAUUAUCAUUCCACUCCCCUUCCCCCGCGCCUUCACCAUCUCAAUCUAGCUUAGAAGCAUUAUUGAGUCUGUUGGAAGUUUCUCCAAACUCGAAUCCGAAUCCAAAUCCAAUCGAAAAUGGAUUCAAGAAUUCAUCUUCUUUCGAUAGUCUACCCCCGCCUCCACCACAGGACCCACCUUCAUCACCUUCAAGAGGUUCAAGUCCAUCCCAUCCCGUCAAAUCAUUGAGAUCGACUGAAUCACACACAGUCUUAUCACCCAAUCCACUUUCUUCCUCAAACGCAGAUACUGAAAAUGGUCAAUCGAUAUCUUCAUUAACCUCCAAUCCUCUCUUAGCUUUGAAUGGCCAUUUGUCAAAUCAAUCGACACAUUCCAGUGAAACUGAAAAUCAAUCUGAUAUAUCAACGUUUAAUUCAACUUUAAUAUUUCAUUUAGGUUGUUCAGGUUUAGCUAAAGAAAGAAUACCAAUACCUUCUUCUUCCAGAAAAUCUUUGCGUUCCCCUACACCACCCAGACAAAGAUCAUUCCCAUUACCACAAGUGGAUAUCCCACAAACUCUCAAAUCAAUAGGAGUGGGUGAAGAUGCUUAUUUCGCCAGAUCAGAUGGUCUUUGUAUAGCAGAUGGUGUAGGUGGCUGGGCAAGAUCGACGAAAGGUUCAGCAGAUGCAGGUAGAUGGAGUAGAUUGUUAACUCAUUUCAUCGAAGAAGAAGUCUCGGAUUGGUGGAGUGGUAAAGAACAUUAUCUAUCACCAGUCUCGAAAUCAAAAUCUCCAUCACCGUCCCCAUCGUCGAAAUCAACCAAACCAGCAUCUUCAAACGGAAAAUCAAACGGUGAAUCUUUACCCCAGAGCAAAUCGGGUGAAAAACAAGGUUGGGCAAGAGAAGCAUGGGAAGGUAAAGAUGGCAUGAGCAUAUCAUCAUCAGGCGGGACUGGUCAUCAAAAAGGUGCCAACGGAAACAAGGACACCAAGCAACCGCGUGGUGAAAGAGAAAGACGACCUCUAGAUCCAGUCGAGAUCAUGCAAAGGGGUUUUGAGAAAUGUUUAGCUUGUGUAUUGACCGAGGGAAUUCACGGAUCAUCAACCUGUCUUUUGGCUCUCCUUCACAACGCGACUUUACAUAUUGCCAAUUUGGGCGAUUGUUGUUUACUGUUGAUCAGAAAAGGAGAAGUGGUAUUUAGGACACAGGAGAUGCAACAUGCCUUCAAUUUCCCUCUACAGGUCGGCACACAUAGCAGAGAUGAACCCAUGAAAGAUGCUCAAAGGUAUGAUAUCGGAGUGAAAAAAGGCGACGUCGUUAUAUUAGGAAGUGACGGAUUGAUGGACAACCUGUUUGACGAAGACAUAUUGGAGAUUGUUCUUCAGUUCACGUCGACUUCCUCUUCGUCUUCAUCUACACCUCUGGGCUCCCCAUCUUCCUCAUCGUCAUCUAAGGAACUGCAUUCUACAUUCCCACCAUUCUCACCUCAACAGAUUUCCGAAACGUUAUGUAGAAGAGCAAGAUCAGUCUCUGAAUUGGUCACUGCGACUACACCUUUCAUGUGUAAAGCGAUUGAAGAAGGUAUUGAUUUCGUCGGAGGUAAAAAAGAUGAUAUUUCAGUUAUAGUGGGCGUAAUAGGUGAUAGAGAAGAAACGGUCUCCUCUUCAUCCAACCAAGAUCAUGUUGGUGGUGGUCUGAAAUUGCAUUUGUAG